AUGCUCAGAAACCCGGGGAUUUGCAGCUAUCUGGGAGCCUUCAAGUUCUCUGAGAAACAAGUUGCAGAAUUAAGGAAAAUCUUUGAGCCAAAGAAUAACGAAUUUGUAGACAUGAAGAGUAUCCCGUUUUCCUUUGAAUGGACUUGUGUUGAUUCAUUGCACUCUUUCGAUGUCUUGCGCAGAAAAGAACGAAUCGCCAGGCGUUUGGAAGGGAUUGAAAAUGACGCCCAGCCCAUCCUCUUGCAGAGCUGCACGGGGUUAGUGACUCAUCGGCUGCUGGAGGAAGACACACCCAGAUACAUGCGUGCCACCGAUCCAUCCAGCCCACACAUUGGCCGAUCAAAUGAAGAGGAAGACACUUCGGAGUCUUUAGAAAAGCCAACUCGGUCUAAAUACUGCUCAGAAACCUCUAGGGACACAUCCUAUAGUCCCAGCACCAUGGACACUCAGAGUCUGGAAUCCAAAGCUGAGAGAAUAGCAAGAUACAAAGCAGAAAGGAGACGGCAACUCGCGGAGAAAUACGGGCUGACUCUGGAAGCGGACUCAGAGUACCCCUCUCGCUAUUCCAAAUCCCGGAAAGAGUCUGAGGUCCUUGAGAAAAGGGCAGGGAAAAGCGACAAACAAGAGGACUCGAGCAAAGAUGGGAGUUCCCUAUACUCCAGGACUGAGGCUACAGGCCCUCGCACCAUCAUUGUGGAAUCCAAAGAUUAUGCUUUCCCUGGGUGUGAGACUGUGUCCAAUAAAGAGAUCUUGCUGAAUGUGGAAAACCAAAGAAGAGCCCAGGAGUUGAGUGCCACUGGGCAGGCCCAAGACCUGCCCCCACUGGUGGAGAGUUCCUCGUCCUUCACAUUCUCUGGGCAAGACUCUUCUUUUGGUGAUGUGCCAAGGUCUCCCAAGCAAACACCUAAGCAGCCAGCCUCCCCCAGCCACUCUAUCAGUGAUGCCUCAUCUCACACUGAGGCUCGAUCCAGUACAGGGAAACCCAAACAUGAGUGGUUUCUUCAGAAAGAUUCCGAAGGGGACACACCUUCCCUUAUCAACUGGCCUUCCAGAGUAAAGGUUAGAGAAAAACUGGUGAAGGAGGAGAGUGCCCGUAGCAGCCCUGAACUUGCCCCCGAGUCCUUCGCUCAGAGGAGACAUCAGGCCGUGCAUUACCUAUCUUUUCAGUCCGAAAACUCGGCUUUUGAAAGGAUCCCGAGCAAGGCGACUGCCUCAGUCCGCCAGCCGAUCCGUGGCUACAUUCAGCCACCAGAUCCUGUCCACGCUGCCAAGCUGGUGACCACAGAAAGCCCAGAAAACGCCUCCGAGUACAGCUGGGUGGAAGCAGUGACACAACAUGUCAGAAAGCCUGCCCCCCCGAAGGUUCUGGAAGAUGAGAGGAGGAGAGACACCCCGGUUCUCCAUAUUUAUGAGUCCAAACCAGAAGAAGACGUGUUCCACACCGAAGCUCUUGAAAAAAGCAAGAGAACAAUUAUGGCUCUGGAGGACCCCAGGCCGGUGAGAAGCCAAGACGACCUGUCCGGUGAUGAGGAGGUGGUGAAGCCUGCUGUGAGCACCCUCACCUUGGAGCUCCAGAGGGAGCAGGAGCGGCUGCCGCAGCCACCCACCGAGAGAGGGGGCAGGAGUGAAAUGUUUGUGUAUGUGCAGCGUGAGCCUGUGUCCCAGAACGCCAGCCUGGCAGGUCACAAAAAGGAGGUUCCUCCAAAGAAGCGCAAAGUCCUCACCCGCUCGUUCUCUGAUUACACGGGCCCCCCUCAGCUGCAGGCCUCCAAGUACAAGGACCUCGUUUCAAAACAAGAGCUAGAACCUCAGGGUGUCAAGGCUGAGGGACCCUCCAUGGACGUGGGCAUGGUGGACACCAAGGUGUCAGUCGCCCAACUCCGCAGCGCGUAUCUGGAGUCCGCCAGGGCCAGCAAGAAACCUGAACUUCAUUCAAGGGUUGAGAGGUCAACUGAAGGAGUUGGCUCGCCCACCAGUAUGGAACGGGAGAGAGGGUCCCGGAAACCAAGACGCUAUUUUUCUCCUGGUGAAUGUAGAAAGACUUCUGAGAGAUUUAGAACACAACCUAUAACCUCAGCCGAGCGAAAGGAGUCGGAUAGAUCAACUUCCAAUUCAGAAAUGCCAACUCCUGAAGAUGAAGGAAAGGUGGAUGAGCGAGCCAAACUCAGUGUUGCUGCCAAGAGGCUGCUUUUUAGGGAACUGGAAAGAUCGUUUGAUGAAAAGAAUGUUCCCAAAACACGUUCAAGGAAUACGGCUGUGGAGCAGAGGCUUCGCCGCUUCCAGGACAGAUCCCACACCCAGCCCAUUACAACUGAAGAAGUAGUCAUUGCAGCCACUGAACCUAUCCCUGCUUCGUGUUCUGUGGCCACCCACCCCGUAAUGGCAAGACUUCCUAGUCCCACUCUAGCUAAGAGCACUGUGCAGCCUGCCAGGUUGCAGGCCUCCGCUCACCAAAAGGCGCUAGCUAGGGACCAGGCAAAUGAGGGCAAAGAUUCUGUCGAACAGGGUGAACCUGAUUCCUCCACGCUCAGCCUGGCGGAGAAGUUGGCCUUAUUUAAUAAGUUGUCCCAGCCCGUGUCCAAAGCCAUUUCCACUCGAAACCGACUAGACAUAAGACAGCGGAGGAUGAAUGCUCGCUAUCAGACACAGCCUGUCACGCUAGGCGAGGUGGAGCAGGUGCAGAAUGGAAAGCUUAUCCCUUUCACACCGACAGUCAACACCUCGGUGUCCACCAUGGCGCCCACGGCCACGCCGAUGUAUGCUGGGGAUCUUCGGGCCAUGCCGUCUGCCGAUGAUAGUAAAAGUGCCACUGAGUAUAAGCCCCCUCUUUCAGUUGAAAACUCUGACUCUCCAGUUAGAAGCAUUCUGAAGUCGCAAGCAUGGCAGCCUUCGGUUGAGGAGAGUGGGAGCAAACACACGUUGAGAGAGUUUGGAGAGAUGGAUGGCAGGCGAGUCUCAGCUGGUGGAAAUAGUUGGGCUAAAAAGCAUGAGUCCUUUGAAGAAGCAGACUCAUCCUGUGCUGCUGUUGAUAGGGUGAGGGAAAGAGACAGCCAUAAAGAACCUAAAUAUGCUGCUUCAAGGAAAGAAAGCAUGGAGCUGGCUAGCCCUCCCAUUGCCCAUCUUGGUGAUGAGCUCAAGGAAUUUUCCACUGCCCGAAGCGUUGCAGUGGGGAACCAGGACUUGAAAGACAGGCAGCCCUUUGAAGAGAAGGUGGACGUGGAGAGUGUCACUACAAGGAAGUUUUCUCUAAGAGCAGCCGAGCUUGGGGAGCCCACUGGGGAGCAGGCGGGCACAGCUGCUGGAAAGGCCAUUGCUCCAGCCACGACUCCGGCCUCCUGUAAGCAGCAAGACUCUGCAGAACAAGAACAGGAGAAGUCUUACAAGAGUCCAUGCACCAUGCUUGCUGCUGGAGAGACCAGGGCUGCAAUGAUGGAGGGUAUCCUGGACUCACCCAGCAAGACCAUGUCAAUUAAAGAAAGAUUGGCACUGUUGAAGAAGAGUGGCGAGGAAGACUGGAAGAAUAGACUGAACAAAAAGCAGGAGUACAGCAAAACGUCAGUCUCGAGCAGCCUGCAUAUACAAGAAGUGGAGCAGUCGUUCAAGAAGAAGCGAGUCACAGAAAGUCGAGAAAGUCAAAUGACAAUUGAGGAAAGGAAGCAACUCAUCACAGUCCGAGAAGAAGCCUGGAAGACAAAAGGCAAAGGAGCUGCCAAUGAUUCCACACAAUUCACUGUGGCUGGGAGGAUGGUGAAAAAAGGGUUGGCAUCACCAACUGCCAUAACUCCAGUAGCUUCUCCCAUUUGCAGUAAGACAAGAGGUACCACCCCAGUCUCCAAACCACAGGAAGAUAUCGAAGCAAGACCAGACAUGCAAUUAGAAUCUGACCUGAAGCUGGACAGGCUGGAAACCUUUCUCCGCAGGCUCAACAGCAAAGCUGGUGGGAUGCAAGAAACCGUCCUCACUGUUACCGGGAAAUCUGUCAAAGAGGUGAUGAAGUUGGAUGACGACGAAACCUUUGCCAAAUUUUACCGCAGCAUGGACUGCACUUCACCAAGAAGUCCCGUGGAGCUGGACGAGGACUUUGAUGUUAUUUUUGACCCUUACGCACCCAAGUUAACCUCGUCAGUGGCCGAGCACAAGCGUGCAGUCAGACCCAAGCGCCGCGUGCAGGCUUCCAAAAACCCUCUGAAGAUGCUGGCAGCACGAGAAGAUCUUCUUCAGGAAUACACAGAACAGAGACUAAAUGUUGCUUUUAUGGAGUCAAAGCGGAUGAAAGUAGAAAAGAUGUCCUCCAACUCCAACUUCUCCGAAGUCACCCUGGCAGGCUUGGCCAGUAAAGAAAACUUCAGCAGCGUCAGCCUACGGAGCGUCAACCUGACGGAGCAGAAUUCCAACAACAGUGCAGUGCCCUACAAGAAGCUGAUGCUGUUACAGAUCAAAGGGAGAAGACAUGUGCAGACCAGACUGGUUGAGCCCCGAGCUUCAUCCCUCAAUAGUGGGGACUGCUUCCUUCUGUUAUCGCCCCAUUACUGCUUCCUGUGGGUAGGCGAGUUUGCAAAUGUCAUAGAAAAGGCUAAGGCCUCAGAACUUGCAACUUUAAUUCAGACAAAGAGGGAACUCGGAUGCAGAGCUACUUAUAUCCAGACUAUCGAGGAGGGAAUCAAUACACACACCCAUGCAGCCAAGGACUUUUGGAAACUCCUGGGUGGCCAGACCAGCUACCAAUCUGCUGGAGACCCCAAAGAAGACGAAUUGUAUGAAACAGCCAUAAUAGAAACAAACUGCAUUUACCGUUUGAUGGAUGACAAGCUUGUGCCUGAUGAUGACUACUGGGGGAAAAUUCCCAAGUGUUCUCUCCUGCAACCGAAAGAGGUACUGGUGUUUGACUUUGGCAGUGAAGUUUACGUGUGGCAUGGAAAAGAAGUGACCUUAGCACAACGGAAAAUUGCAUUUCAGCUGGCAAAGCACCUGUGGAAUGGGACCUUUGACUAUGAGAACUGUGACAUCAACCCACUGGAUCCUGGGGAAUGCAAUCCCCUUAUUCCCAGAAAAGGACAAGGGCGGCCUGAUUGGGCAAUAUUUGGAAGACUUACUGAGCACAAUGAGACAAUUUUGUUCAAAGAAAAAUUUCUUGACUGGACAGAACUGAAGAAACCAAAUGAGAAGAAUGCUGGGGAACUCAGCCAGCAGAAGGAUGAUCCCAGGGCUGAUGUCAAGCCGUACGACGUGGCCCGGAUGGUGCCUGUGCCCCAGACGGUGGCCAGCAGCAUCCUGGAUGGGGUGAACGUGGGCCGGGGCUAUGGGCUGGUGGAAGGAGAUGACCGGAGGCACUUCGAGAUCGCCAUUGUCUCUGUGGAUGUCUGGCACAUCCUGGAGUUCGACUACAGCAGGCUCCCUAAACAGAGCAUCGGACAGUUCCAUGAGGGAGAUGCCUAUGUGGUCAAGUGGAAGUACAUGGUGAGCACUGCAGUGGGAAGUCGGCAGAAAGGGGAGCAUCCGGUGAGGGUGGCUGGCAAAGAGAAGUGUGUCUACUUCUUCUGGCAAGGCCGGCACUCCACCGUGAGCGAGAAGGGGACGUCAGCGCUGAUGACUGUGGAGCUGGAUGAGGAAAGGGGAGCCCAGGUCCAGGUCCUUCAGGGGAAGGAGCCCCCCUGCUUCCUGCAGUGCUUUCAGGGAGGAAUGGUGGUGCACUCAGGCCGCCGGGAAGAAGAAGAAGAAAAUACGCAAAGUGAAUGGAGGCUGUACUGUGUGCGAGGAGAAGUGCCCAUUGAAGGAAAUUUGCUAGAAGUUGCGUGUCACUGCAGUAGCCUGAGAUCCAGGACGUCUAUGGUCGUUCUCAAUGUAAAUAAAGCCCUCAUUUACCUGUGGCAUGGAUGCAAAGCACAAGCCCACACAAAGGAGGUGGGAAGAACUGCAGCAAAUAAAAUAAAGGAACAGUGCCCCCUGGAAGCAGGACUCCACAGUAGCAGCAAAGUGACAAUACACGAAUGUGAGGAAGGCUCGGAGCCACUAGGAUUCUGGGACGCUUUAGGAAGGAGAGAUAGAAAAGCCUAUGACUGUAUGCUUCAAGAUCCUGGAAAUUUUAACUUCACACCCCGCCUGUUCAUCCUGAGUAGUUCUUCUGGCGACUUUGCGGCCACAGAAUUCAUGUAUCCCGCCCGGGACCCCUCUGUGGUCAACUCUAUGCCCUUCCUGCAGGAAGAUCUGUAUAGCGCACCACAGCCAGCACUGUUCCUUGUUGACAAUCACCAUGAAGUGUACCUCUGGCAAGGCUGGUGGCCCAUUGAGAACAAGAUCACAGGGUCAGCCCGAAUUCGCUGGGCCUCUGACCGGAAGAGCGCCAUGGAGACGGUGCUCCAGUACUGCAAAGGAAAAAAUAUCAAGAAGCCUCCGCCCAAGUCAUACCUAAUCCAUGCUGGUCUGGAACCCCUUACGUUCACCAAUAUGUUUCCCAGCUGGGAACACAGAGAGGACAUUGCUGAAAUCACAGAAAUGGACACAGAAGUUUCUAAUCAAAUCACGCUGGUGGAAGAUGUCCUGGCCAAGCUGUGUAAGACCAUUUAUCCGCUGGCUGAUCUCUUAGCCAGGCCACUGCCUGAGGGAGUGGAUCCCCUAAAACUUGAAAUUUACCUAACUGAUGAAGACUUUGAGUUUGCACUAGACAUGACACGAGAUGAAUACAAUGCACUGCCCUCCUGGAAGCAGGUGAACCUGAAGAAAGCCAAAGGGCUCUUCUGA